AUGCGUCUACUAUCUAUUUUGGCCGUUUGCGUCACGGCUGUUGCCGCCGCUCCAUCCAGCGAUCUAUCUCCGAGAAUCGUUGGUGGUACAGCAUUUCCUAUUCAACAAUGGCCCCAAAUAGCUAAUGUCUUGUUCACAUGGGACACGGCUACCUUCGGACAAUACUGUGGUGGAACUAUAAUAAGCAAUAGGUUUAUUUUAACAGCUGCUCAUUGUAUUAACUUUCAUCCAGCAAAUAGGUUCCGUGUUCGUGUCGGUUCUGUAUUAGCUAGUAGUGGUGGAGUUGCUCACGCCGUUGAUGGGGUUAUCCCCCAUCCCUUCUACAAUCCUCAAACCGAAGAUCUUGAUAUCGGUUUAAUACGCACCAUAAACAAUUUGACUUUUACUGCUCAAGUCCAAGCUGCAAGAUUUGCCGGUAGUGAUUAUACUCUUGGCGAUAACGAACUAGUUCAAGCUCCUGGAUGGGGUGCAGAACGGACGGGCGGUCCUCGUUCGGAGCAGCUUCAUGUGGUCCAAAUUUGGACCAUCAACCAGAGAGUACCCAAGGGCUCAGUCUGGUCAAAGAAUCCUCCAUAUAGUUUUUAA